GCAGCGCAGCGCAGCGCAAUGCAGCGUGGGGGAACACACGAGCGCAGUGCUUCGAAUCGCGCGCGCCAUGCAUAGUUGGAGGAGACUUUUGUACGGUACAUUUCUCAUAGCCGCUCCAGUCCUGUCGUCUGCACCGUCGGCUGCGACGUCGACGUCAGCGUUCAACAUCACCAUGUCUGGAACGGCUGAAAAGAAGUUGGCUUGGGCUCUGGCGGCCGAAGCGAAGGGAAAAACUGAUUAUUCGCGAAAGCAUGAGAAAGCGAUUGAGUAUGGGACGGCCGGUUUUCGGUCCAAAGCUGUCGACCUGGACCAUGUCUUGUACAGAAUCGGAAUCCUUGCCGCCCUGAGGUCUCGUGUAAAAGGAGCGACAAUCGGGGUCAUGAUAACUGCUUCCCACAACCCGGUUGCUGACAACGGAGUGAAAAUUGUUGAUCCUUCAGGUGAAAUGUUGGAAAUACUGUGGGAGACCAUUGCAACAAACUUGGCAAACGUGAAGGAUGAUGAGCUUAGUGCAACUAUUAUUCAGAUUGUCGACCAAGAGAAAAUUGAUCUUGACAAGCCAGCAAGUGUCUACUUUGGGAGGGACACCAGACCCAGCAGUCCACACUUGUCAAAUGCUGCUGUAGAAGGAAGUACACUUUUCAAUGCCUCAGUGAAAGACUUUGGGAUUGUCACAACACCAAUGCUUCACUAUUUUGUAGCAGCAUACAAUUCCAACAAUGAAUAUGGGAUUCCCACAGCAGAGGGCUAUUUCUCAAAGCUAACAUCAGCAUUCAGGGCUUUCCGCGAAGAGGUAAUAAGUGAAAGAGGUCCAGACUGUGGAGACUACACCCCCAUCAUUGUUGCUGACAUGGCAAAUGGUGUCGGUGGACCAGCAAUGGAGCAAAUGGCCAAACAUCUCAAAGACUUGUUGACCUUUGAAUUUUUUAAUGUGGGAGAAGGGGAACUCAACCAUGAGUCUGGUGCCGAUUAUGUGAAAGUGCGUCAAACAUUGCCCAAGCGAGUGCGCAUCAAAUCCAAGGAUAGGUGUGUUUCAUUUGAUGGAGAUGCUGACAGAAUAGUUUAUUACUAUCAAGAUCAGUCAGUGAAAUUCCGAUUGCUGGAUGGUGACCGUAUUGCAUCACUAGUGGCUGGAUAUAUUAAAAAUUUGUUGGACAUCAUGGGAAUGGAGCUUAAUAUUGGGGUAGUCCAAACGGCUUAUGCCAAUGGUGCCUCAACUAAAUACAUUAAAGAAGUGUUGCAAAUACCAGUUGCAUGUGUCCACACUGGAGUCAAGCAUUUACACCACAAGGCACAAGAAUUUGAUAUUGGUAUAUAUUUUGAAGCCAAUGGACAUGGCACUGUUCUAUUUAGCAAAAAAGCCAAGGUGUUAAUUAAAGCUUUACGAGAAGACAAGAGUUGUUAUAAUUCUUCUGUUUACAGGCUAGCUGGUGGUAAAAGGAGUGCUGCUAGGAAGAUGCUAACUUUCAUCGAUAUGGUUAAUGAGACAACUGGAGAUGCCAUUGCAGAUCUACUCAUAGUGGAAACUAUUUUGCAUGCUAGAGCUUGGAGUGUUGAAACCUGGGAAAAUUGUUACACAGAUCUACCAAAUCGCCAGUUGAAAGUCACUGUGAAGGACCGCAACAUUAUCAAAGUGAUAGAUCCACAAUGUCACAUAGGAGAACCUGAAGGUUUACAGGAAGAUUUUGACAGACUGAUAGGCUUGUUUGCAGAUGGGAGAGCUUUCGUCAGACCAUCAGGUACGGAGGACGUAGUUAGAGUGUAUGCGGAAGCUAACACUCAAGCAAAUGCAGACAAAUUAGCCGUGCACAUUGCCAAGCUGGUCCAUCAGAAGGCUGGUGGCAUAGGGGAUCCUCCAACAUGGGUCAUUCAACAAUGAACAAAAGUGUCUUUGUACCUACUGGACUUCUGCGCAAAAGUGAAGUGGCAUCUUUUGAAGAAUAAUGAAGUUUUCUUUACAAGGAUAGCAUCACAACUGCAACUGUCCUAGACUGAUUACUAAGAUAUCACUCAGCCAAAUGCUCAAGAUUUAUGGUGAUAGGGAAUUUUAUUUUCACUUUUCUUUUCUCAGUUGUUAUUAUUCACGAUUAACUGAGCUAUUUUUUAUACUUAAUUUUGGGUGAUGGUUAGAGUAAGUUAUUUGCAACAAGUUGCAGCCUCCCAUAGUCUGUAGACAGCACCACUUAUUUUUUUAUGAACUGAUAAUGGUGCAUUUGCACUUCUUUUUUAUAGCGAUGGUUACUUUUUUACAGAGUAUAUAAAUUGUUACUUCUGAUGUAUUAUUUGGGUGUGUUUUCUUUUUUUACACAUUCCAUUAGAAAUAGCCAGAUUGAAAUAAAGAUUAAUCAUACAUUUAA